AUGGAUAAUUUGUUAGAUGCUUUAGGAUGCUUAGAUUAUGCUAUUUAGAAAAAUCCUGAGGAUUUUCAAGGUUAUGCAAUUAAAGGUAUAUAUAAUAUAUGAGUUUAAAAAGCAAAUAUAUUAAACCAAAUUAAUAAAUUUUAGGAAGCUUUAGAAUAUUAUAAUUACGCAAUUGAAAGAAGUUCCAAUAAUUCAAAAUUAAAUUAUCAUAAAGGUUUAUAUAAUUAUUAAAAAUCAGCAAUAACUUUAGGUAGUAUGAAUUAGUUUUAAGAAGCCUUAAAAUUUAUAGAAAAAGCCAUUUAAUUGAAUCCUGA